AUCCAUGGUAACGGCGUUAUUUACCGGAGCAGAGAAGCAGUGGCAGUGCUGAAGUUAGACUGAGUGUGUUAGAAGAAAAAACAGAGAGAGAGAGAGAGCGAGGGGGAGAGAGAGACACGGGAGUGUGAUCAGGAGAAAUAGAGUGUGAUAAGGAGAAAGAGAGUGUGAGAGAGACGGGGGAGUUCGAAAAGCGACUAUUGCUGAGAGAGACACAGUCAGAGACAGAGAAUUAUAGUGUGUGAUAGAGGUGGAGAGAUACAGAAGGGAGAGAGGAGUGCGAUAGACAGAGUUAGAUACAGUGUUGGAUGUGUAGAGAAUAAUAAAGCAAACGAAUGAAACCUGAUUAAAAGUGUGAGAAUUAGAAAGAGGGAAAGGAUUUAAGAGAGAAAUUAGGUAACAGUGAGAGAGGAGUGGGAGAAAGUGUGAUACAGGGAUACAUUGAAAAAUAUAUUUUUAUAGACAAAGAAAGAGAUAGGAAGAAGAAGAAAGUGAUAUUCAGAAUUGGACUGAGAGCAACGAUAGAGAUUAUAAUUGAUUGAGAUAGAGACAGGGGUGUGUGAUAGGAUAUUAUAGACAGCAAGAAAGUAACAGAGAGGAGAAAGUGUAAAAAGGACUGCCACGGACAGGGUGUGUGUGAGAUAGAGAGAAUGCAUUGAAAUAGUUGUGCUGUAGAGAUAAAUAGAGAGCAAGUUAGAGGGUCAGAGGAUGUUGAGGGAGCAUUGCAGUAGAUGAGGGUUUUUGUGAGAGCACGCUAAAUUUUAGGCAUAGACGUCCUUAAAACAAGGCAACGUUGUUUGAGCGAGAUUGUGUGCCUCAGAAAGAAGUGGAGAUUAUACUAAAGAAUUUAUGACAGGUAGAAGAUAUAUGAGAGGUUAUGUGAAAAAGAUGUAGAGCAUAAUAGGGAUGAUAACUAGAAAGGCAUAGAGUAUGUAACAAAAAGCAACUGUUUAUCAGGAAAGUGUAAGAGCAUUAGAUAUACAGUGAUGAAAGAGUAAAUACAACAAAAUGUACAGCAGAGAAAAGAAAGAUAAAGUGCAUUAGGGACAUGUUGAUAUAGAUUAUUUGAAUAUUAAAAGUACAGCUGAAGAAAGCAAUAUUAAAAGAGAGAGAUUUAUCUAAUUGUCCACCAUGACAACGCCAAUAGUUCAGGCCCAUCAUAUCUUUGGGUUUCAUGGCUCUGUUGCCAAUAGUGUUUUAUAUUUUGAUGAUCAAAGCAUUAUUUAUCCUUCUGGGAGUGGCUGUGUGCGUUACAACGUUGACCAAAAAUGGCAGAAAUUCGUCACAGGUUCAGAGAAAAGCCAAGAAAUACUGGCUCUUGCCUUAAGUCCCAAUCGACGAUAUCUAGCCAUUUCUGAAAAAGGAGAAAAAGCCACCGUGAGCAUUUAUGAUAUACAGCAUGAACAAAGUAGAAAGAGGAAGUCACUUAGUGUGAAUGAUCUACAAGCCCAAGAGUUCGUCAGUAUUGCCUUCUCACCAGACUCCAAAUACCUGGUUGUACAGUCUGGACAACCAGAUUGGACACUUAUCUACUGGUUAUGGAAGAAACAAAAAAUCAUGGGUGUCAUGAAAACUACUACCAAUGCAAACCGAAUUUACCAGGUCAGUUUUAACCCUCAGGAUAAUGCACAGAUCUGUGUGGUUGGGGAUGGUGUUUUAAAACUGUUGCGAUUUGCUGAUGGAAAUCUCAAACAAACAAAUUUCCAAAAGUUAGAGUUGCAAAACUUUCUUACACAUGCUUGGAUGUCUGAAGAUCGCAUCAUUGUUGGCACUGAUUUGGGAAAACUUUACCUGUUUGAGUUGGCAGAACUGCGCUGGGAGUACAAAAUAACAUUAGACCACAGACUAUCUGUCUCCAUCAGCCAGAUGCCUCCACCUCCACCCCCUCUACCCAAGAUAACAUCAAUAACAAUAUUUUCCAAAGGGUUCUUGUGCGCUGCUGGGCCUGGCGUAGUGUAUAUGUUUGAAAGAGCAGAGGAGAAGGAUGCUUUUAAGAAAACCAGAGUGAUUAGGAUUCCACAAGAUCUGUCCAGUACAGAUCCAACCCAAGCAGAACAACAGGAAAUCUUAACUCUAUGUCUUAGCCCCUCAGAAGAGAUUCUAAUUGCCAGCACCAACAAAAAUCAACUGUAUAGCAUCACAUUAUCUUCUGCAGAAACAAGCAAGGGAGAAAUGGCAAAGUUUGAAAUUCUAGCCCAAUCCUUUCAUUCCAACAUAAUCACGGGUCUGGAUGUCUGCAUUCGAAAACCGUUGUUUGUCACCAGUUCUGUAGAUCGAUCAAUACGUUUGUGGAACUAUGAGACGAAUGUUUUGGAGCUUUAUAAGGAGUUCCAGGAAGAGGCGUAUAGUGUUUCUUUGCACCCAUCUGGCCUAUAUAUUCUUGUUGGAUUCUCUGACAAACUACGGCUUAUGAACCUUCUAAUUGAUGAUGUACGAUCUUUCAGAGAAUUCACUAUUCGGAGUUGUCGAGAGUGUUCCUUCAGCCAUGGUGGACACCUUUUUGCAGUCGUGAAUGGAAAUGUCAUCCACAUUUAUACCACAACCACGUUUGAAAAUCAGGUUAAUCUUAAAGGCCACAAUGGGAAGAUCCGUGCUAUUGCCUGGAAUAUGGAUGAUAGUAAAUUGGUUUCCUGCGGUAUGGAUGGUGCAGUGUAUGAAUGGAACACGCUGACUGGAAAGCGCGAAUCUGAGUGUGUAUUGAAGACUUGCAGUUACACUGGCAUUUGUAUCUCGCCAGAUGGGAAAUCCAUAUUUGCAGUGGGAUCUGAUCGAACCUUGAAAGAAAUUACUGACUCCCAGAUAAUUCGUGAAAUUCCAUCAAAUGAUGUUGCAUACACCGCCAUUGUUUUAUCACGUUCUGGGCGAAUGUUGUUUCUCGGCACUGCCCAUGGAACAGUACGAAGUAUGAAAGUCCCUCUGCCUAUAAAGCAGGAAUGGAAUGAAUAUCAGGCACACAAUGGACCAAUCACUAAGAUGGCCAUUACCUAUGAUGACCUGUACUUGCUGACCAUUUCAGAGGAUUCAUGUCUUAUGAUCUGGAAAAUUAUUGAUAAAGAGGGAAGGGUAGUGAAACGAGACAAAGAACUUGGCCAUUCAGAAGAAAUCCUGAUAACAAAAUCGGAUUUGCAAGAAAAGAAUCAGUUGGCAGUGGAGUUAAAAACUCGCGUUGAGGAACUGAAGAUGGAAAAUGAAUACCAACUUAGACUGAAGGAUAUGAAUUACAAUGAUAAAAUAAAAGAAUUAACGGAGAAAUUUAUUCAGGAAAUGGAAGCUCUGAAAACGAAAAACCAGGUAUUGAAGACUGACAAAGAUAAGGUUGAGAUAAAACACAAAGAGGAUACAUUAAUGAUCUUGGAUAAACAUACCAGAGAAAUUGAGGAAUUAGAAACAAUGAACAAUCAGAAAUUAAUGUUGGAAUAUGAAAAAUACCAGGAGCUGCAAAUGAAAUCGCAGCGGAUGCAGGAAGAUUAUGAGAGGCAAUUGAGUGAGAUGGAUGAAAGUAAGACCCAAGCAUUAGAGGAGCUGACAGAGUACUAUGAGACCAAACUCCAGGAGAAGUCCACACUUAUCACAGAGUUGCAGGAAGAGAGCAGGCAUCAGAUUAAAGAGUCUGAUGAAACAAAGAAACAAAUAGAGGAGGACUGUGACCGUGAAAUUCAGGACAUUAAAAUUAAAUAUGAACGGAAUCUGCGAGAUGAGAAGGAGGCAAAUCUCCGACUGAAAGGAGAAACGGGAAUCAUGAGGAAAAAGUUUACCAGUUUGCAGAAAGAAAUUGAAGACCGACAGGGAGAGAUUGAGAAACUGAAAACAGAACAGCAGAAGUUACAUGGAGUCAUCAGAUCUCUGGAGAAAGACAUCCAAGGAUUGAAGAAAGAAAUUUUAGAACGAGAUGAAACGAUCCAAGAUAAGGAAAAGCGCAUCUAUGAUCUCAAAAAGAAGAAUCAAGAACUGGAGAAAUUUAAGUUUGUUCUGGAUUACAAAAUCAAGGAACUAAAACAGCAGAUUGAGCCAAGAGAAAAUGAUAUAAAAGAAAUGAAAGAACAGAUUCAGCAAAUGGAAACUGAGUUGGAAUUGUUCCACAAACAAAAUACACAACUGGAACUUAAUAUCGGAGAGCUCAAACAGAAAUUGAAAGCAACAGAAGCAGAGAUGCGUAAAGAAAUGGAGAAGGUGCAUAGUGUAGAAUCAGUCGUCAAACGUUUUAAGACUGAUGUAUACAACUGUGUGGGGUUUAUUCAGGAUCCAAAAAAACUGAAGGAAAGUGUGCAGCAACUGUACGAGAAAUAUGUACCUCAGUCGGAUGUGUUUGAUAUUACAGCUAUGGAUUCAGAUAUUCAGCGAGAGUUUGGACGACAAAGAAACCACCUGGAGAAAAGCAUUGCAACACUUCAGAAAAAACUAGUGAAAGAUGCAGAGAUUCACCGCGCUGACAAUGUCCGCAUUAUGCAGGAAAACGUUGUUUUAAUUAAAGAGAUAAACGAUCUGCGGCAGGACCUGAAGAUUGCUCGCAUCAAGGUACAUGAUUUGGAAGUAACCCUUGGAACCCAGAAAAAGACCAAGAAACCAUGUGCCGCAGACUUUAAAGACAAUUGUUCACGAAGUGAAACAAUUACACGUCUUAAUUUCGACCAGGAGUCAGAACGGAUCAUUGAAAUGCAGCGGCUGGAAAUGAACAAACUUCGGGAAAAAAUUCAGACAUUGGAGGAACACCAACAACAGCCUGGAACAAUGUUACCUGCACUUCAUGCCUGAUGAACAUUUGAGAAACUGGUGCAGUGUAUUCUUGUGAUAUGUAACGCUUCAUAUUAAAUCUACCACUUUAUCUCCCCUUUUAAUAGCUGUUUAAAUCCUAUCUCCUUCAGUGGAAUUAAGUGAUCACAAUUAAGGAUGCCUUAUUAACCUUUUCAUUAUAUAUAUAUAUUUCAUUAAGCAAAAUUGAUUCUGGAACAGCGAGAUGUUUUACAUUUGUCCAACUUGUUUUUUGAACCAAAUCAGUUGUGGUCUUUUAAACAUGUAGUAAAAUAGUUUCAUUAUUUUUGAUGUGAGGAUAGAAACAUUUAACAGAAUCCUAUUACUUGGAGCAAUCACAAAAACAGCUGGGUGCAGCACAAAUUAUAACUCUGCAAGUUAGAGGUCAGUUGGUAUCAACAAAUUAAAUGAAUCAUUGUCUUCA